CUCCGCGCAAGCCCUGUUCGCAUGCGCCCGACCCGCGAGUGACAAGUGAAAAAAAAACAACAAAAAUAUGGCUGCUAAAUUUUACGUGCUCUGCGUAUUGCUGGCGACAGGGAUAGCCGUUGGCGCUCGAUCCAGGCCUCGUUUGCAGCAGGUGGAGGACUCUUACGAUUACGAGAACCAGGCCCAGGAUAGCAGAGCUGGAGGACAGGUGUACCAGCUCGUUUCGGCUGACCAAUACGACUCCAUAUAUAGACAGAAUGACCGUCAAGAUGAGGAGUAUGAGCAGAGACCAGUUCAGCGGCUGCCGUCCCGGCAGAAGCUUCAGCCCCAACCACAGCAGGAGGGGCCCAAGCAGCCUCCAGUGCAGACCAUUAGAAACUAUAACAAGGUGAACGAUGAUGGAAGCUUUACAUUCGGUUACGAGGCUGCGGAUGGGUCCUUCAAGGAGGAGACCAGAGGCACCGACUGUGUCGUACGCGGAAAGUACGGCUACAUUGAUCCCGACGGCAACAAACGGGAGUUCACCUACGUCUCUGGUAACCCUUGCGACCCUAACAAGCCAAACGAAGAGGAUGAACCCGAAGCUCCAGCACCUGACUCCGCCGAGCGCGACGACGGAGUACCGAACUACCCCACGAGAGUGGCCCCCAGGCCAACAACCCCACGACCCCCCACGACGUUCUUCCAGAACGAUUUCAGAGAUGCCGACGAAGAUGAAGAUGAUGAGCCCGUGCAGGCCAUCCAGCCGGUCAGGCAGAGAGUGGUUCAGCGCCCUGCUUUAAGACGCCCCGCUUACCAGCCACAGCCCAUCGCUAUCACACCACGCCCACUGCCAGUUACUACAGCCCGCGCUCUACCUCCCGCGACCACCUUCAGACCGCAACUGCUUCAAAUUACGGCUAAGCCUCAGAUACAGUAUAGUCCAGAGCCAAACUACUCGCCCUCUCCUUCGCCAAUAGCAACCACUGCAAGACCCGGACCAGGACAAAUUGAUUUCGCAGCUGAGUUCGCUAAAUUCCAUCGAGAAAAUCAACUGCAAGGAAGCACGAGCGCUACGGCUGCUAGUCCCACUAAAGCAACAGCUGCAUCUCCUUCGCCAAGCGGAAAUCCUUUGUAUUCCACUGAACUGGUCUACGAUCCAUCAAGCGGCCAAUAUAAUACACAGCUGUUCCAGACCUUGCCUCAGACUAAAGGAGAGUUGAACUUGAACCAGAGGUUACAGCCAUUUGUCGCUCAACAGCAAUCUCAGCCACGACCAUUCGUACCGUCACCACAGAUACCUGCCGUGCCCUCCUCACCAGCUUCUAGUGCACCUCUUUACAGACAACAGCUCCAAAAUCCUCAAGAAGUAUAUCAGAGACAACAAGCCGAACAGCAGUUCCAGAACUCGCAGCAAUUGUUCGCACAACAGCAACAGCUGCAGCAAAGUCAGUUGCAGAGGGACCGGGCUGCGGCUAGAGCGCAGGCCCAGCGCCUCGCCGCCCAGGGCCAAGCCGCGCCAGCACCUCAGAGAGCCUCACCCGCCCCUCAGUACUACUACGUGGCUCCUCGCGGAGGAGAGUCCGUAUCUUCAGGCCAGAUCGACGCUUUCCUUAGAGGACACGGCAUCCAGUUCUAACUUUAGUGUAAUUUAGAUGUAAAUAAUUAUGUUUGCGACCGUUGUCUCGAAGGCCAUAAGCACAAGUCGCAGAGAGACCGGUCGUGCUGUAUAGUCGAGCGCGCAAGUGUUAUCUAGUUGGCGGGUGGACAGUGACGCUGACGGCCGCUGUUGUACAUAAUAAGUUGUGUCCGUGUAAUCAGUACCUUAACGUAAUUCUAGAAAAUAGUUUUAUAAGUUAAUAAAAUUGAAUGAUUUUUGUGCGUGUCAGUCCUAAGACGAUUUUGUAAAAACUU